AUGUCUCACUGCCCCGUCCACCGCCCCGAUGGAGCCCACAACUACGAGAAGCAAUUCCUCGCCGCUGGCGAAGACUUCAUCAUCAAGUUCUGCGACGAGCGCCGCUACCUCAGCCUCGGCGACUCUCGCCGCUCCAAGACCAUCCGCAACCUCCGCAAGCUCGUCAAGCAGCUGGACGCUAUUAUCGAUCUCGCCGAGAUGAUGGCCCGCUACGAGCCACGCUGCAGGACUAUCCGCUUUAAGCCCACGGACCACUUCCACGGUGAAUUCCAGCGUCUGGUCACCGAACGCAUUACUCACCCUAUAGUGCAGGCUAUUGAGGAUCUGGAGGCCGCAGAGGAGGCGGGUCAGGAGCUCGACACUGCUGACUUUAUGGUUGCUAAUGAUUUGUUUCAGAUUCAGGAUUAUAAUCCUUUGUUGACUUGGGAGCCGUUGCCGGAGAGUAUGGUUUAUACUGAGACUCGGUGGGGUGUUCGUGGUGUUCACUGA